AUGCCACCUGUGCCAGCUCUCCGCACUUGCUUUGAGGAGAGUGUCAUCGUUCCGGUACAAUGUGUGCCGGUUCUAUGCACCGUGUCUCCAGUGCGCCUCCCCAGCCCGGUGCGUCCUGUGCCAGCCCCCCGCACUUGCCGUGCGAAGGUUGUCAUCUGUCCAGGACACAUUGUGCCAGCUCUAUGCUCCAGACCUCCAAUGCGCCUCCACAGCCCGGUACGCUCUGUGCCAGCUCCACGCACAAGGCCUCCAGUUUGUCUCCCCAGCUUGGUAUGCCUUGUGCCAGCUCCACGCACCAGGCCUCCAGCUAAGGUCUGCAGUCCGGAGCCUCCAGCGACGGUUCCCAGUCCGGAGCCUCCAGUGAUGAUCCGUGGUCCGGAGCCUCCAGUGAGGGUUCCCGGUUCUGAGCCUUCAGCAAGGGUUCCCGGUCCGGAGUCCCUAGCGACGAUCUACAGGCCGGAGCUUCCGGCGACGAUCCACGGCCCGGUUCCUCCGCCUACGACUCACGUUCUGGAUCAUCCGGAGACGAUCCAUGGUCUGGAGCUACAGGCGACGAUCCCCGCGCCAGAGUCGCCACCGAAGCGGGCAGAUCCACAAGUGGAGCGGGGUCUAUGUCCCGCACCGGAGCCGAUUCUUACAACAACGUUUGUGACAAUCAGUGAAUUCUAA